UCCUAUAAUGACCAAUUGUCCCCAAGAAGGAAUUACUGAACUUAUCAAAACAACUAACAACAAUUCACUACCUCCCCAAGACUUUCCGAUUACCUCAAUGCCCGAAUAUUUAUAUCAUCAAUCAUUUCACCAAUUUAUGCCCCAAUGCUCUCAAUUAACAUCCACUUCUCAAUUACCAUCCACAAAUCCACAUAAUCUUUCAAAUCCACCAAACUACCAAAAUUAUCAGCAAAACCUUCAGGAACCUCAACUAGGACAAAAUCAACCGAUUCAUUCACAUUCAGGGAUUUUACCUUCAUUUAAUCAAGAAAUACCCAAUUCUAGUCAACUAACCCUUCCAAUCUCGUCAACUAAUUUUUUUAAUUCUCAAAAUCCACCCAAAUCUUCUAGUCAAAAUUUAAACGAAGGUUGUUUAGCUAUACAAAGGUUAUCUCCAAAUAAUCAACAACAUCAACAACAAUCUUCAAUAAAUCCGUCUCAUAAUUUACAAAUUUCCCAACAACAAGGUUCCCAACAAUUUAACAAUUCAACGGGUAAUAACCAACAAAUAUCUAAUACUUUUUCAACAAAUUUCCCUUUCUGGCUCGAUUAUCAAAACCCCAGCAACCAAAUAUCUGAUAACUCUACUAAUAUAUCUACAGAAUACUACCCCCAUCCAUUUACUUCAAUAGCUGCAGCUUUUGAUUAUAAUAACAAUGCUGGGACGAUGGGAAUGUUGCCUUCAAUGUAUCCACAAAAUUUCCAAAUUCUAGAUGAACAACAAUCUUCCCAAUAUUUCUCUGUAGGAGGUCUUUAUGAUUCCUUGGCUGCCGCAGCAGCUAUCGCUGCAGGACAGAUAGGGGAUCCUUCCCAAAUUACUAAUUUUUGUUGGCCAACAUUUGAUUACUAUGGAGGAGGACAAAAUUCCUCAUCAACAAUUAAUUGGACACAUUGGGGAUACCCAACAAUUGAUAAUAAUGUUGGAGAAUUAAUUCAACAACAAAAUCAUUCUGCUGUUGAAUCUGGGGGAGCUUUAUCUAUUUUUGAUUCUAUUGCUCCAAUAAUUGAAGGGAGUACAGAAAUUAAAAGUCAAAUAAAUUCUAAUAAUAAUCAAAAAGAAUGGCAGAAAACAGCGGCACUUUUAGCAGCUACUACCUCUACUACAUCAACUAAUAAUAAUCGUCAAUUAACCUCAAAAUUUGUGUCUAAAAGAGGGAGGGGAAGAGGUCCAGCAACUUCUUUAACCUCAACCGCAUCUAAUGGUAACGGUCCUCAACAUCAAAGAAUGGAAAGUAGCCAAUCAAGGCAUUGCAAUAAUUCCUCUGCCAUAAAUGCCAAUGAAUGUAGUGGAGGUUUAGAGAAUGUAAAUGAACAGCAAAAGGUGAGGGAAGGAAGGGGGAAGAGUGAGGAGGGAGAAAUAUAUUUGUCCUAUAAUCCUGGACUCCAAACAAUUUCUCCUAUACUUUUAAACUUUCCACCUAUACAACAAUUGACAAGCGCAGCUAUGCGCGAUUAUUUGGCUAAUCCUGGACGUUAUGAAUGUGCAAUGUGGAUUUUCCAUGCAAAAGUUGCUCAAAAAAGUUAUGGAAACGAAAAAAGAUUUUUUUGUCCUCCCCCUUGUGUUUAUUUACUUGGAGAAGGUUGGCGGAAUAGGAGAAAAGCUCUCGAUCAAAUUUUUAAACGAAUAAAAGAACAAAAUGAAAAGAAUAGUUCCGAUUUCCUUUCAAAUGGAGAUUCUUGCCAUGAAAUGUUUAGCGAAAUAAUUUCAACUAUCGGAAUUAAUCAACCACAAAAUGCAACAGAAAGGCUAUCUUGCCAUCAUAUUGCCCAUCCUCUUGACUUUACAAACGGAAAAGAUUAUUGCGCAGCAAAAGCUUUAUUUAUAAGUGAUACUGACAAAAGAAAAUAUUUUUAUUUACAUGUGAGUUUAAUUAAUGUUAGAGUUGUACCCCGACCCCGUACCCCGAACCCCGACCCCGUUCCCGAACGAUUUUUUCACGAUUCUCCCCGACCCGAACCCCGCCCCGAAACAUUUCGAAAACCCCGUACCCCGACCAUAAAAGUUUCGGGGUUAUCGGGGUUUUAUACACCCAAAAAAUGCCAUUUUUGUGAGAAUUUUAAGAGAAAAAUUUUAAAAAUUUCCUCACAAUUUACUUUGCCUUUAUUAUUUUUGAAAGAAAAAUGA